UGCGCGCAUAUUUCAUACGAAGUGAGCGCAUAUCGAUUCCGGCACGAGAAAGUUAACCAUUAGCUUCGUACGAGCUGUUUGUCAGUUACGUCUUGUUCGUUUGAAAUAAUCUGUUGCAAUUAAUAGAUAACAUGGACUCUGCUAUUGUUCAUCUCGAACAAAGUGUACAAGAAGCUGAUGGAAAGCUGGACAUGAUCGCAUGGAAAAUUGAUGCUUUCGAAAAAGAAUUUGAAGAUCCAGAAAGCGAGAUCUCUGUGCUUCGUCUAUUACGGUCUGUUCAUCAAGUUACAAAAGAUUAUCAGAAUCUUCGGCAAGAAAUAUUGGAAGUUCAGCAGUUACAAAAGCAACUUUCAGAUUCCCUUAAAGCACAAUUGUCUCAGGGGCCAGAUUUUGUCACUGCAACGAUGCGUCUCCAGACUUUCAGUUUGCUAAUUUUCGUGAGCGUGCUAGUCGUGCGGCAAGUUUCAGCCCAUGGAAGACUGAUAGAACCACCAUCGAGAGCCUCGAUGUGGAGGUAUGGUUUCGAUACCCCGCACGAUUACAACGACCAUGAAUGCUAUUGCGGAGGAUUUACCAGACAGUGGCAACGAAAUAAGGGAAAAUGCGGAAUAUGCGGCGAUGCUUGGGACGCGCCAACGCCUCGUCUGCACGAGACCGGUGGCAAAUUCGGGAACGGAGUGAUAGUAAGGAAAUAUCGAACAGGUUCGGUGAUACCGGUUCGCGUGGAACUUACGGCCAAUCAUCACGGUUACUUCGAGUUUCGCACGUGCUCGAUGACCUACAAGGGCAAGGAAGUUGAUCAGGAAUGUCUGGACCAACACCUGCUACGCUCGAAGAACGAAUCGAUCAGAUAUUAUCCCGGGCCUGGAAACAAAAUUUUCGAGGCUUUCUACAAACUACCAGACGACCUAACUUGCGCCCAAUGCGUCUUUCAAUGGAGAUACGUGGCUGGAAAUAAUUGGGGCGACUGUGGAAACGGAACAGGAGCCGUGGGUUGUGGUCCUCAAGAGGAAUUUCGUGCUUGUGCUGAUAUUAGCAUCGGAGAUGACGUGGAGCCUCUCUCACCUCGACCACCAGCAGAACCACCGACGAAAUCGAUCCCAGAAGAAAAAUCGCCAACAGACACAACAUUGGUGCCAGAACCAAGUGGGCCAUAUUGGUUAUUCAGUAUCAUUAUCGCUGGUACGUGCCUGCUGGUUGUGCUGGCGGCUAUGGCAUUGCUUUACUCGUAUUAUUAUCACUCUGGCCGAGCCAAAAAGUGGCUUAUGACGAGGCGGUUGCUGACACCUGAAAGUCCACCUGUCGCUCCACCGAGGCAUAAAAAACACAACACGUUCAAUGCACCAUUGCAGUUGUAGAAGAAUAUUUAUAUUUCAAUGUAGGGUGACCAAAAAAUAAUUUUGUAUACGUUGUCUUUUGAAAACAUUUUACAAUGUCUUUUAAUAUAAUUUUAUACGGUAUAUAUAUAUACAAGAUACACAAAAGAAGAAUUCUUGUUUAAUAUUGAGAAAAAUGGUCACCCUGAUUUAUUGUUACUUGCGAUAUAACUUUCCUUCUUAUUCGAUUUUUCACUUGUAAUAAUUCGGACGAUUUUUCUGUCGUACGUAUCUGUACGGUAAAUGUAUAUUUGACACUGUGAUGUAUGCAUGAUGAGGAAGUUCUCGUUUGCGUUUAGAGUAAUACGCGCUCACUUGCACACGCAUUUUCAUUCUGUAUAUAUAAACUUUCUUACAUUAAACAUAUUUAUUUUCUAAGAAUUUGUGGUCCUUAGUCUUCCUUUCAUUUACAUCUUCUUUUUCAAAAUAAUGUCUUAAAUAAUACAUUAAAGAAAGAACAAUUCACAAGGGAUUAUUUUCCACUAGAUCAUAGUUUAAAUAAUGUGUAAUUUUAAUACUCUUGUGAUGUAUAUACAUUCUUUAAAGCAUAGAGAGUUCUUGAAACAGACAAGGAUUGAGGAAAUGAGUGACGUUGUAGU